AUGGAUUCGCCGGACCCCAAGCGACAACGCCUAGAGCCUACAUCGUCCUACAAUCUGCGAUGUCGCACCCUGGUGACCAGCAGUAGUAUCGACCCACCGGACGCCAAGCGUCAGAGGCUGGACACGGCUGCGUCCCAGAGCAGCACGUCGACGGUCGGCCCUCCUGCCGUCGCCACCCGCAGUUAUCCGGUGUGCACUGACAGCAUCGCCGUCAUGCAACAGUUGCCGAACUACGACGAGUUCUUCGGCAGCGCCAGCUUUGCAGACGAUAAUGAUCGUAUGGCGUACGCUGCUUACGACUCGUUCACCGUCACCGGUACCAUCACCACCAAGACAGAAGGGCUGGGUGCAUUCCGUGCACUUGUGGGUUCGACUCCCACACAAGUUGGCGGCGUCCCUCGCAUCUACACUGAAACGAAUGAGGACCGCCUCUUUGCCGGCGCCCAGAGCCGCUACGGCAGCUUCAUCGCUGGCGUGAAUACCGCCGGCCAGGGGAUAGUAAUUAUGCAGAUUGACGAUGUCAUCCUCGGCAGGCUGGAGAGCAGCCACGCGUUCGGCCACCGCGUGACGUUCGCCAACGUGGAUGCAGCUUCCCUGCUGCCUUUCAUAACUUCUCGUUUCGCUGGGGUGACGGUGGGGCAGUUUAAAGUCUCCUCAGCGACGCGGAUUUCCGUGGAGCCCUCCUCCGCUGUCCCAAUGCUCUACAGCGCCAGGCUUCGGUUCCCCGUUUACGAUGUCGGCAGCGACAGGGCCCGCCCCGAAGACAAGCACGCAUCGGAUGGCAGCGCCCUCCUGCUCAUCCCACACGGCGGGAUGUUCCGGGGCGGGCCGUUCCGCAAGUUUAAGGCGUGGGUCGCGUGCGGCAACGGUGACAGUCCCGACGCCGGACGCGUGGAGCUCGCCAUCAGGGAAUCCGCUCCCGACGACUUCGUCACUCAGCUACAAGCAGCGGCCGAUAGCAGCACGCCCCUUUACGUGUAUGGUGCCAAGAUCAGCCCCUCCAAUAGCAAAGCUUAUAUGAAUAGCGUCUUCCUCAGCGGCUCGCUUGUAGCAGCAGCGAGUGCCCCCGGCAAACGCCCUCCCAAACGAGUGCACACCUUCCAGGCGGCUGUUCAGCGAACUACCGCAGCCACCGUGCCCGCCGACACGACUGAUAUGGUAUUGGCUUGGGAGCAGCGUAGCCGCAGUGCCCUUGUUUUACCGUCGGAUGGUCCACACGCCUCGGCCACCCUGUCACCCAACCCCACUUCUGUCACUGUAGUCGGCUCACUACCGGUCCUCCCGCUCGUCCUCACAAUCGGCAGCCGCAGUUAUCCGGUGUGCACUGACAGCAUCGCCGUCAUGCAACAGUUGCCGAACUACGACGAGUUCUUCGGCAGCGCCAGCUUUGCAGACGAUAAUGAUCGUAUGGCGUACGCUGCUUACGACUCGUUCACCGUCACCGGUACCAUCACCACCAAGACAGAAGGGCUGGGUGCAUUCCGUGCACUUGUGGGUUCGACUCCCACACAAGUUGGCGGCGUCCCUCGCAUCUACACUGGUUUGCAUGUGUUGAAGCUGCUGCUCCGGCAAGCCUUCGUGCUGUUCUCUUCACUGUCCUCCGUUAGGCGCGUGUGCGAUGAGUUGGCGUCCAUAUGUGUCGGCGCAUCAGAUGAGGUCCUGCGAUGUAUACUCUGCUUGGUCGACAACGAGGACCCUAAUAACACACGGACCCGACGUAUGAGCGCCACUGGAUCCACAUUUCGGCCGCCACGGCUACGCGUCACCACAACGGAUGUCGUGCCAGUACACCGUCCUGCCGCCUAUACGGCGGUGCUGGCUGCUGCCGAUCGCGCGACCAUGCAGGCACCGCGGCUUCUGCCAUUCGCCGUGCACUCCACAGCACGACUGUCCCUGCUCCGUGCGCCUUUGACUGCCCUACUUUGCUUACUUGUUGAGGCGGUGGUAACUGCGCUGUUGCCCGUUGUACUCAUGCUGCCGCCUCGACUUGGACGCGGCUUCCAACUGGAGAUGAAGGAGCGGCGGCCAGACUCCCGGUCAUGGCGGCUGGGCGGUACACAGCACCUAUUGCUGCCACGUUGGUUGGCCGUGUUGGUGUUCGGCGUGUUGGUCGUCAGCAUCGUUGCCAACGUCAUGGCGGCGUCCCCUUCGCUGACACAUCCGGAACCACGGAUCUUACCGUUCGUCCGUCCCUUCCAAAUGCAUCUUGCCUGCAGCGGCUCUAGUGUGUAUGGCAGUAGUAUCGACCCACCGGACGCCAAGCGUCAGAGGCUGGACACGGCUGCGUCCCAGAGCAGCAUGUCGACGGUCGGCCCUCCCGCCGUCGCCACGUAA